AUGGCGAUUUCGAAGAACAUGGAGUCAGCACAGGGUCAAGCUCACGGUGCGGAACGAGCUCGGGAUCUUGAGAGGAAACUCCGUGAAACCGUUGACGACUUCGUGAGGAGUCACGAAGCAGCAAUUGUGGAAACCGGGAUUCCUCUCGACGACGGGUCAAUCCAGAUGGCCCUGCGGUAUCUGGCUCUGUUCCCUACGGAGGAAAUAGACAUCAAUUCCUUCCCCGUGGAAUACAAAUUAUUCCUGAACAUCUACGGGGGCGUACGCCUCCCGCAUUUCGAAGUGUGCGGAUCCCGAUAUCGUCGCCGCAAGGGCGAAUCAGACGCCGAUCAUCUGGUGGCCUUGCAACGAAACUACGAGAAUCUCUGCGGACUGACGGACGCCGCAGGUGCCGCUGUGAAGUCGUAUUGGUUCAUAGCCAAAGUUCAGACCUAUCUAUACAAUUCGCUGUACAAUUUACUCGUCGGUCAGCGGAAACAAGUCCUUUGCGUUGCUUGGACCGGCAUAGCGGCAAACCUCUCACCUGGCGGUAGAACCGUGAGCUCAAUUUUCAAACUGAAUAUGCACGAUGAUAACCGAAGCUCCUCGAUGAAGCGUCAGCACAAAGAAGCUGUUCGCUUGGCUCAAUUGACUCUCCUCAUUUGGGAUGAGAUUUCAAUGGUUCCUAAACGAGCGUUCGAGGCCGUGGACGCUCUCUUUAGAGAUAUACGACGGAAUGAAGAUCUUUCCGGAGGACGCACCGUCGUCCUUGGAGGUGACUUCCGGCAAACGUUGCCGAUAGUAGGGAGGGGUUCUGUUGAUGAUAUCAUUCAGGCGUGUGUGAUUGAAUCGAAGUCAUGGUCUCACUUCUCAAAAUACGAACUCACCGAGAACGUUCAAGCGAGAGAAAGCGGUACCGAUUGGCACAAAUUUCUGCUUGACGUGGGCAACGGGGUUGCGAAUGAUUCGCGCGGCAAGAUCUUCAUCGAGCCCGCCAUGAUGUGUAAAGAGCGCAUUGCCGACGAAAUAUUCGGUGCGAGAAUCGCAGAGAACCCAAUCGAUGACCUCGUCGAUACAUUUAACCCCACCAAGGAUGCCCCCCAUGAGCUUCAUCUCAAGAAAGGAGCGAUUGUUUUGCUUCUCCGCAAUUUGGACAUAUCGAACAAAUUGUGCAAUGGUACUAGAUGGUACUAG